GAUUACUUUAGACAGUUUUGGAUUUAAACGCCGAGUACAAAACAGGUCGAAACCAGUGCACGGCCAAUGCGCAAAUGCGAAGCGAGGAGAGAAAAACAAAAUGGCCGCCUAGCCUUAACCUUAGUUCACUCGUGUGUUUAAAAAAAAAACAAAACAAACAAAUUGAAAAAAGUUAAUGGAAAAAAAUUUUAAACGAGGAAGGAAUAAUUGAAAGUUUAGAAGGAGAAAAUAAUAAAAGUCUCCUUAUUUUCCAUCGAUUUGGUGAUGAUGAUGAUGAUGAUGAUGGAUCAAGUUGAUUCCUAGCUUGUUUACUGGUGAUUGUACGGAGAUUUUUAUUUUCGAAAAUUGGAAUUUUUGAAACUUUUUCUACUGAAUUUUGGAGGUUCUGUCCGUCAGUAUUUCUCUACUUGGGAAGUGUGGUACCUGCAAUUUGGCUUUUGGAAUUGGACAAAGUUGAAAAGAGGAUUCGAAUGCGAGAAUCAAAUAUUAAUAUCAGCGAGAGUUUGGAUUUUACAAAUUUAGCUGCCUCUGAUUUGAAACACCUGGAGAAAGCAUUAGGGGUAAACAUCAAAUUGCCAACGAUUCAAAUAUCGACUGAAACUUGGGUGACUUUGAUUGAACAAUUUUUGAUGUUAAUUUUAAUAAUUGGACGAUGGAUGCUGCCUAAGGGUGAUUUAACACGAGAUCAAUUGAGUCAACUUCUUUUAGUGUACAUUGGCACUGCUGCUGAUAUUAUUGAAUUCUUCGACUCGUUCAAGGAAGACAAGAUAGCAAGGGAGCCAGUUUUAGUUUAUUUAACUUUGGGCAUUUGGUCAUGGUCGUUGAUGCAAUUUACCGUCGUUUUAACGGCAACGAAAUCGAGAAAAUCGAGACUCUCAUCCGGUAGUGCCGUCAAGAGAAAAGUGCCAACCGAAACAAGUUGCUGUAGUAUUGACGUUUGGGGAAUUGCAAUAAAUAUGUUGCUGCAGGAUGGACCAUUUUUGUCAUUCAGGCUCAUAUUAAUUAUUCACUACCAGAUUGUGAGUUACAUGAAUAUUUUCUUCACGUGCAAGAAUACAUUGGUUAUUUUACUGCAAUUGUAUAGAUUACAUGUAGUGCAAACCGAAACCAAAAGUCGAAGGAAGCAAGAAAAAUACGAGAAAUAUGAAAUUCCGAAUAUCAGUAUUAUUUAUCGAAACGAAAAAAAUAAAGAGGGAAGAAAUAAAAGAUAUCGAGAAGACAAGAGAAAGCGAAAAUUAAGAGAAAUUGAUGUUGAGGAAAAUAUUUCUGACAGUGACUAUUCGGAAAAUAUCGAUAAAUAUGAUUCAUCACCGAAAACCCGUUCUCGAAAACCGAAAGAGGACUCGGGCUAUUCAAAUUCGAGUUCACGCAAUUCGAGAAAAUCCGACGAUUAUAAGAAGAGGCAGAGAAAGAGAAAGAGUUCGAGAAAGGAAGAAGUAAAAUGUGAAUCGUUCAGUGAAAAUGAUGAGAAAUUGAAAAAGAAACGCGACAGAAGUGAUAAGAAGGAGAAGAAAAAAUCUCGAGAAAAUAAAAAAGCUAAACACAUAUCCGAGGAGGAAAGUUCUUCGGAAGAUUUUGAUGAAAGUAAAACUGAGACUGAGGAAAGCGAUUCAAAUUCAGAUGACAGGAAAAUACAAAAACAUGGGAAACGUCGUUCUAAUCGAGUUUGACAGGAAAAAUGUGGCACGAUCGCUAUACUAUUCCUUUUCAUCGCAAUUUUUAUCGUCUCUCUGUCUUUAAUACACACUGGAAUAAGUGGUGGUAUUAUUUU